AUGGCUCCGGCCAAAGUCCCAGCGACUGCGAAAUGGGCGAAGCGCAUUCUGCGCCCCCUGACCUCAAUUCACCGUCGACUCAAAAAGCACAAUCAAGUGCAGCCAUUCCCUUCGCCCGAGCAAAAUGAAGAGACCGACGACGACUUUUUCCUCGAAUCCGAUGUUCCGACUGAUGAUGCGCGCGCCGGCAGCAACCCCGGAUCAGACGCAGACGAUGCCGAUCCCAAAUGGAUCCCGGGGAAGAAAAUCAGCAAGCGACGUUUGAAGCACAAGUUCUCGAACCGAGGCGGAAACCCACGCAAACGAACGCUGGUGUCUGCACAGAGCCCCCAAACCAACUCGACCCUACCUGGCGCAAUUGAACUGGCCACACCCCUGAUUACUGGAACGAUCAUGCAGGCUCCUACGAAUCUCCAAGCGCAAAAUCCAAUUCAGCAGCCAAAUUUUGGAAAUGUCCAGGAAUCGUCGCAUACGAAAAGACCAGGACAAGCCUGGCAACAAUUCCUCGACGAUAUUGGAGAUCCGGACUUCAAAAAUAUCAUGCAAAACUUCGAUCGGACACUUAAGGACUUCCUUGAGAAUACUCGGGUACCCCGACACGACCGAGGAGCACGGUCGUUGCUUUCUAUGACGCUCCGACACCUGCCGAGGGUUAUUGCCGAAGCGCAAGAGGAGUUGAACGAGACUGUCGCUGUGGAGGAACAGAACAAGGAUUUGUGUGAUGAGUGCUAUACCGACCUUGAGAACCACUAUGCUUGUGGUAAACCAGCAUGGGAGCCACUCCGGGAGGCUGUUAGAGCCCAAGGAAUUUGGACGAUCAGUGAUUUGAUUCGCAAAAAAUGGAUCAAGGAGCCGGUUGCGUGCGCGUUGAUUCAAACAUGUCAAAACCGCGAUCCAGAGAUUUUCGAGGAGCUACUCUCACUUGUUCUAUCCAAGACACGCACGGUCUGGAAUUACCCUCGCUGGACAAAAUUGCCAAGCCCAUCCUUCACAGACCCAAUUGGCUUACUCCACAAAUACGGGGCAUGCGUCUCGAACAAGCCCAACCACUCGUAUGUGUUCGAUGAGCUCACAAAGCUUCUCGUUUCUGGCACAAUGACUCCCGAAUGGAUGGCAACGAAUGUCUGGGUGGACUGGAUGAAGAAGGCGGUUAUCACAUCCUCAGUGCAAGACGACGACUUUCAUGCAGCUUGCCAGUUGAUAAGGACAGUCUUGUAUCUUGCAAGUGAUGUUCAACGGGCAGCCAAACCCAUCAGACACCCACCUCGCCCGCUUGCGCGUGAUUUAGGUCCACCCAGAGCUAGGCGAGCUGCCUACACCGUGAAUGACUGGGUUCCUCCCGGUGUUCGUGAGGAUGAACCCUGCCCGGUUCGAGUCACAGAGGCGUUGUCGAAUCAAUGCACAAGUGUUUUGGCCGCUUUUUGCGGUAUGCACAUCUCACGAUCUCGUGCUCCUGGCUCGGAAGCUCGAAAUGAUCAGGGGGUGAUCAAGACGGCAGCAGGUGAUUUCAUCAGUCGUCUUUGCUCUGAGGCGAAUUCAGAACUGAAUUCCAGAUCCUCAACCACUGAAGGAUUCACGAAACAUCAGUUGAUACGACGAGGAUGUAUCCUCUUGGCAGAUUGCCUUGUUAAAUGCAACGACGCCAUUCUCGCUCGUGAUGAGGAACUCAUUCUGGCCGCUGCACCCGAAGUUGAGGAGCUCUCUGGAAACCUCUCUGCACCGGAACUGGUCAAAGACAUGUCGUCGUUCGUACGACGAUCUCUUCGCUAUUUUGGUGGUGCAACCCUAGGCAGCGGCCAAGCGACAUCCGACCAAGCGCCACCCGAACGCAGACUUGAAGACCAAAGUCUGGAAGAAAGAGACCCAUAUCUCCAAUGGCUCAAAAACCUCGAAAGGAGUCGAGAGACUCGCCGCAUGAUUUCGCGGCUGGCGCAUCUGGCUGACGCUGCCCAUACUCCCAAGUUCUUCACCUUGGUCACCAAAGUCGCUGUGGAAGCUGCCAUGCAGUUUGCGGAAGAGACGCACGAUCAAGAUGACCACGACUGGGCUAUCGAGGUGCAGGAAGCGGUCAUUGAGCUUCAGCGCCAGAAGGACACAAACCUCGACACUACGAACGAUAGCUUCCGCUAUGAGGAGAGCAUCGGCGAGUGGGUGGCUCGCACGCCGGCAACAAAGCAGAAUGCAGGACCCAAAGUGAUCAUCAGAGGCCGCCGGUCAAUGGCUGCGAUGCCGCCCUGCUCCUCAAACAGCAGUUCGCCGGAAUCGGAAAGCUCUGCCAAUCCCUCCCGAAGUCAGACCCCCUCGUCUUCACCAACGACGCCAUCCCAGACUGGAAAGGAGCGACGUGUCGAGGCAGUGGAUGACUCGCCCAUUCGGCCAGCCAAGAGAAUGAUGACGAGGUCCAAUACUUCCCUUAAUUCCUUGAUAAUGCCCUCCUCGUCGAGAAGAAAGCGGAGUGCCGAGGAGGCCGAGUCCUCUGCCACUCGCCCGGCCAAGCGCCCCCGGCCUAUGAGUUCAAUGUAUGGAGGUAGGGUCGAGGUGGUGAUCAUUAAUCACCAACAAUCGACCGCUCCUCCACGAGGGGUCAUUGGGGAAGACAUUGAGGAAGAGGAAAGUGACGAUGAGUUGAGCUUUUUGUGA